UCACAAUUUAAUCACAAUUAUUUCAGCUCUUUGCCUCUCACUCGCCCAACUCUCUCCCUCUCAGUGCUCCAGCAUUCUGAGUCGUGCUCACCUCGCCCACCCUUCUCCCACGUCUGCCCCGACGCCUGGCUCGGUUUGCAAGGGAAAUGCUUCUAUUUCUCGGCCAGUGAGAGUGACUGGGACAGCAGCAGGGAGCACUGCCAGCGCCUCGGAGCUUCCCUGGCCACCGUGGACACGGAGGAGGAGAUGGAAUUCAUGCUGCGGUACCUGGGCCCGGCAAACCGUUGGAUUGGGCUGCACAGGGCAGAAGGGGACGAGCGCUGGACGUGGGCCGACGGCAGCGCCUUCAGCAUCUGGUCAGUGCGGUCUGUUUGGGAUGGGCUGGGAUUGGGUUUCCCAUUCUGCUCCCUGCUGUGCUCGGGUUCCAGCUGCCAGGCGGAGGCCGAUGUGCGGACCUGA